GAGUUCGGUUGAUCACAUGAGGCUGAUGUGCCUGGGUGGCUCCCCGGGCCUGGGGGAGGGAAGGCAGCACGCAGGAGCUGCCGUCUGCUUUCUCUGCCGCCUCCUUUUUCCGUGAGCCCAGGCUGGUGCUAGGAGGAGCUCGAACAGAGCAGGGAGACGGCCGACCUUUUGGCAGCAAAUGGCUUUUCCACAGGAGACAACGCACGGGACUCAGGCAGAAAGGAGAACUCCUGUUACUCUGGCUUUGCAGCCCCCUCUCCUCUGCCCGGCUGGAGCUGCGCAGAGCUGGUGGCAGCGUGUCCGUAGCCAGAUCCUUCUCAUGGGCGCUCCGUAGCUCAGCAGCCGAGGGAAGGGAAGGCGUCUGCAGCAGCAGCAGAGCUUCCUUUGCUGGGCAGCAGCCGGAAGAGUUUAGGAAACCAUUUUAGGGAGACUUUCUGAAGAUUCUUGUGUGUGUGACAGGUCCUAAACUGGAACAGAUCGGACAAAGCUGUUUCCUUCUCCCUCAUAUCCCGCUGUGGAUUAUUGAAGAAACUUCACUUGUGGGGGAGUUGGCUAGGUUUCUGCCUACUGCGCUGGAGGUUUUAGUGCCCCGUUUGCGUGAUUCCCUCGCAUGAAAGUAGCUCCUCUCUGGUAUCGUUCCAGGUCUGUCUGUCCUCAAGCCUCAUGUUACCAGGAGGGGCCUUUGUUAUGAGUUGUUUUUGUUUCUAUGGGGAAACGUAAUGAGCUGUUCCACUCCUCAUGACGGGGAAAUCUGCCUUGAGCUUUCUGUAUUCGUGGAAGGGGGGAGUCCUGUUUACAUCAUGUUUGCCAGGAAGUAAAACCAGCAGGAGAAAAGAAAUGAGCCGUCAGACUGCUACAGCACUACCUACAGGUACUUCAAAGUGUACACCAUCACAGAGGGUGCCUGCUCUGACUGGCACUACAGCGUCCAACAAUGACUUGGCAAGUCUUUUUGAGUGUCCUGUGUGUUUUGACUAUGUGCUGCCACCUAUUCUUCAGUGUCAGAGUGGCCAUCUUGUUUGUAGCAACUGUCGCCCCAAGCUUACAUGCUGUCCAACUUGCCGAGGCCCACUGGGUUCCAUUCGUAACUUGGCUAUGGAAAAAGUUGCCAAUUCUGUACUGUUCCCAUGUAAAUACGCCUCUUCUGGAUGUGAGAUAACUUUGCCACACACAGAAAAAGCAGACCAUGAAGAGCUGUGUGAGUUUAGGCCUUAUUCAUGUCCAUGUCCUGGUGCUUCAUGUAAAUGGCAAGGUUCGCUGGAUGCUGUAAUGCCACAUUUGAUGCAUCAGCAUAAGUCAAUAACAACACUACAGGGAGAAGAUAUAGUUUUCCUUGCUACAGACAUUAAUCUUCCUGGUGCUGUUGACUGGGUUAUGAUGCAGUCUUGUUUUGGCUUUCAUUUCAUGUUAGUCUUGGAGAAACAGGAAAAAUAUGAUGGUCACCAGCAGUUCUUUGCUAUUGUACAGCUGAUAGGAACACGCAAGCAAGCAGAAAAUUUUGCUUAUCGACUUGAGCUUAAUGGUCAUAGGCGGCGAUUGACUUGGGAAGCAACUCCUCGAUCUAUUCAUGAGGGAAUUGCAACAGCCAUUAUGAAUAGUGACUGUCUAGUCUUUGACACCAGCAUUGCACAGCUCUUUGCAGAAAAUGGCAAUUUAGGCAUCAAUGUAACUAUUUCAAUGUGUUGAAAUGGCAAGCAAACAUUUUCAGGCCAGUGUUUAAAACAGUUGCAUUUAAUUUUGCAGAAACUAGGGUAACCAUCUUUGACUGCCAGACACAAACUAUUUGGUAGAGGGAGGCUAGACGUAUAUGAAGGUAAAUAAAAGGAAAGGCUGUUAAAUUACAGGAAGCAGUUGCAUGUAGUAACACUAAUAUAUUUAAAAUAAGUCAACAGUAAACCACUGAAAAUAUAUAUACACCCAAAAUGGGCAUCUUUUGUAUUAAGAAUUGAUUCUACAGGAAAUGUUGUAAAAUAGUUCUAAAAACUUGUUUGUAGAUUGAUUGUACUGUUGAAAAGGAUACUGUUGUGUUUUUUGUUUUUUUCCCCUUUGACUGACAAGCCAUGUUGAGCAGUCUGGUCUCUUGCCGCUGCUUUUUCCCCUUAAGUCACUACAUAGUAUUGCUGCUGUUUGUGUAUAUUUUUUGUGUAUUUGCUAAUUUUUAUUAACUUCUAGUUUUUCAUUAAAUAAAUAUGACUUUCUUUUCUGUAAUUCAGGUUUUCCUCCUUUUUGUACCUUUUAAAAAUUAAUUGCAGGUGUCAUCUUUUGAUAUUCAUAAUUGCUUAUGGUAAAACUUAUACUUCUGUACAUUUGGUAAAUUAGUCUCUUCCCAGUAGUCCAUUCAUUGGUGAUACUGUUCUUAAUUCAGCUAUUUUGUGAAUGUAUUCAACUCUAAAGGAGCAAUUACAUUGGAAGAAUUAUCAGAAAAACAGCUCCUUUUAGAAACAGGCCUAGAUGAUGAUGUACUUUAUUAUACCUUCAAACAAAAGUGAGGAGUUAUUGGGUAACAUCCUAAUUAAACAAACUGAAAAUUCAUACACACUUUUUAAAUUUAGAAACUUCAGACACAAACUCAUGUUUGUAUUUUGGUUUUGCAGUACAAGAAGGCAUUGUCUUAUGCAGUAUUUGUAACUAUAAAAACAGACCAUUUAAAAAAAAAAGGCAGUCUCAGAAUACGAUGUUUUUGGUCUUUUUUAAUUUUGUCAUUAAAAGAAUACCUGGCAAACUAAA